UUACGGGUUGCCAUUAGACUAUCCCUUUGAGACAUCAACGAUCACGAGAAUGAGUAAUCCUGUGUUCUCUUCGCUUUUUCGCCGCUGUAAAUCUCUUUUGAACCCCCAAGCCUUGUCUGAUGUUCGACGCUUGUCGCUAGGAUCGUUCAGAUUCACAGAUGCGGUCAAUCCUGAGAACCAGGUCUCUGAGCAAAAAGAACGAAAUGAAGAAGUUGGUCAAUACACAGAGUUAGUAAGAGACUUUUUAAACCCCAAAGACUUCUACAAUGCCUUGUGUAGCCAUGGCAUGGACUAUUUUUGUGGUGUUCCAGACUCUUUACUGAAGGAUUUUUGUGCAUAUGUAACAUCAGUGACGCCUAAGUCACGACAUGUUAUAACAGCCAAUGAAGGACAAGCUAUUGCUCUUGCUGCUGGAUAUCAUAUGGCCACAGGGAGAGCUGGAGUUGUGUAUCUCCAGAACUCUGGAUUGGGUAAUAUUGUUAAUCCUCUGAUGUCAUUGGCUGUGCCAAGUGUGUACAGCAUACCCAUGUUACUCUUAGUUGGAUGGCGAGGAGAGCCUGGAAAGAGAGAUGAACCACAGCACAUGAUACAGGGGCAGGCCACACCUGGAAUACUUGCAUCAUGUGGAAUUCCUUUUCAAGUAUUGCCCGAUUACCAAGAAGGAGCUGAACAGGCCUUGUAUGUGGCUAGAAAACAUAUGGAAACAUCAAAAGGACCAUACUGUCUGCUGGUGAGAAGACAGAACUUCUUGCCAUUCAAACUGGAAAAAGAACCUGAAAUCUUUCCAUUGAAUAGAGAGGGAGCGUUAAAAUCUGUUGUUGAUUCUCUUAAAGACCGUGAUGUGGUUGUAGGCACAACUGGAAUGUUGUCACGUGAACUAUUUGAAUACCGUGUGGCCAAAGGCCACGGUCAUGAAAAGGAUUUCUUGACAGUUGGUUCCAUGGGUCAUGCCUCAGCCAUUGCUCUUGGUAUUGCUCAAUUUAGACCAAAACGACAGAUUUUUUGUUUGGAUGGUGACGGAGCUGUUCUUAUGCACAUGGGUGCUAUGGCUACCAUUGGACAAUCUGAAGUAGCCAACUUUAAACACAUCCUGAUCAACAAUGGCUGCCAUGACUCUGUUGGAGGCCAGCCAACCAGUGGCUUAAGUGACUCCUUUGAUUUCCUACAGAUUGCUCAGGCUUGUGGAUAUAAAACGGUAAUGAGAGCUACUCAACCAGAAGAAAUAGCUGAAGCUGUUACACGCAUGAGAUCCCUUGAGGGCCCAGUUCUCCUAGAAAUAAGAACAAACAAAGGAGGACGAAAGGAUCUGGGGCGGCCAACAAGAACACCAAUUCAGAACAAGAAAGACUUCAUGCAUUUCUUGGCAAUCGAUCAUUAAUUUACCCACAAUUUCAACAAUUUUAUUUAAAGGGAAGCUGUCCUAGGAGGAGGUUUAAAUAACUAACAUUGCUCACUUUUCUGUCCGAGUUCUGAAAGGCAGACAAAGCUUGAGGCCUUGCGUUUUUUAUUGCUCUGUUGUCUCGCUUGUGUCAAGUUUCUAAAAAACCAGAAGCCAUGAUGGCUGAAGGUUGACUGAAGUGAGCUUAGAUGCUCGAUCUAAUCUUUGUGGGAAUGGUGAUUGUGAUAAUUACUCUUAUUUUCACACAAGUAAGUCGUUGGUGGGUUUUCAGUGAACAAACUAAAAGAGUGUGGUGGUGAAUGUCUUAUUUUCUGGGAAGAGGGUCUCUAACCAUUUGACAUUAGUGAGCAGCUCACUGGAAUUAUGUGGUUCUCGAAGUAACUAUACCUCCAUAUUCUCCUGAAAGGAAACCCAAGGGGGAGGUGAGGUUAAAAAACUGGGGAAGAGGAAAAUUUGAAAUUCUAUAGUCAGGGCAAUCAGUAAAACAUACAGUGGGGGAAGGUCAUGGCUUUCAGGAAAAAUUUAGUUGUUUACCAAGGAAUAGGCAGGGUUAUCAGUCUUAAAAUAAAAGUAAUUUUUAGUUUUUUCUGUCGUUCUCUUAUAGAAAUAUCUACAUGUGCUUCAUGUAAAAUAGGAUUUCAUUUAUUUUGGAACAAAAACCACUGAAAGAAUCAUGAUAGAAGAAGAUCUAGUAACCUGCUCACUUAAAACUAGCUGUCCAGUUAGGGAAUCAGUCAGGGAACCCCUGAUGUUUAUAUAAACAAAUUCUUGCAACCCAUUUUACAGUUAGGUUACAAUUUGUAUUUUGUCCAGACCUUAAAAAAGUUGUAACUGGUGGUUCAUUCUAGUUUAAGUAUAAAGAAAGUAGGCUUAUUUGUACUGAAUGCAGAUAGCAACUGUGCAACAGGACAGGGAAUAUGUAUUUCCAAAAUUGCUAGUCUUUUUUUUUUUGUUAUGAGACACCAAACUUGAAGAGUAAGGACUAAAGAUUUGGGAAAUUUAACUGAUAUACAAUCAAAGUAUUUUAUAUGAAUCAAGUGAAUUUAUGUUCAAUUUAUUGAUGUGAAUUUGUUGUUCAAUCUCAAAUUCUGUCUAAUGGUAGGAAAUAGAGGCACUUGUGUCCCUAGUAUGAUAACACAAGAAUAGAGAAUUACAAGAUUUAAGUUUUUGUGUGAUACUUCUCUAGAGUUAUAUGAUGGUAUUUAACAAGGACACUUUAUUCUCUACAGCUGUACUCAAUAGUUAUUUUUUAUGUUUGAGGAAAUGAUAUAAAAAUAAAACAUUAGUCUGAAAAUUUGUUCCAAUCUUAAGGUUA